AUGUUCUCGCCCGCCUCGCCUACUCUCGAAUCUAAACCUACCCGUAUCGACGCCUCUGUCUACAUGAUCUCGCUCAAUUCACCUGGCUUCUCGCUCUCGUCAGUUGGCGUGUCUGCCCCAACGAACCUAGCAUGUUCGACUUUUGACCAAUGCGACGCCGUCCAGGAAGUUGCCGACCUUCUGGUAGACUCCAUGCGUGGUACCACUGGAUCUCGUACGUCAACACACCGUCUCCUCUUCCGACUCCUGGCUGAUUACACCCAUCUGUAUUUACCGUCUUUCUUCGCGGAUCUCUCCUCUUUCCCUCGCAUUGUCGGUGCUUUUCCUACCCAAAGCUCACUCUGCUCUCUCGGGCUACACGCCUGCCAGCUAGGCAAUCGUACGAUCGUCGACGUCCUACACUCGUCCGCAAACACUCUUCCGGCCUCAACCUCAAGCGCCGCGUCGGCCUCCUCAGCGCACGAGGGGCUUGUUCGCGCUGUUUACAGACACGCGAAGGUGCUGAGAAGACUCGGCGUACGAGAACGAGGCUCAUCCGUUGGCAUAUCGUCUUUCCAAAAUUGGAUGCAUAUCGCAGCAACAGCGGAGGGGCGUGUCCCUCCAUUCGUGCAGUCCUAUGUCGAUCCUUCGCCCACUCUCUCCAUCGACCUCCUCCGUGAUGACUUCAUCCUCUGCGACUACAACCCAGUGUUGGGUCCUGAAACCACCGUUCCGGUCAACAUUCCGGCCUACAUCGUCCGGGCUCCUAGUGCUUUUUUUGUAGUGCUUCGAUGA